CCCUCUCCAAAGGGGGGUGUGGAGGCAAACGGGAUCAAGCAGGGGCCAGCAUGAGCCGGAGGGAGGGAAGUCUGGAAGACCCCCAGGCUGACUCCUCAAUCUCACCCCUUCCUCACUUGGAGGCCAAGAUCCUGCAGACACACAGCCUUGCCCGCCUCCUCACCAAAUAUGCUGAGCAGCUGCUCCAGGAAUAUGUGCAGCACCAGGGAGACCCCUUCGGGCUCCCCGGCUUCUUGCCUCCGCGGUUGCCAGUGGCCGGCCUGAGCGCCCCGGCCCCGGGCCACGCGGGCCUGCCGGUGGUGGAGCAGCUACAGCUGGACGCGGGGGCGCUGGCCGCGCUGCCGCCGCUGCUUGACGUGGUGCGCCGCCGGCAGGCCGAGCUGAACCCGCGAGCGCCGCGCCUGCUGCGGCGCCUGGAGGACGCGGCGCGCCAGGCCCGGGCCCUGGGCGCCGCCGUGGAGGCCGUACUGGCUGCACUGGGCGCCGAGCCCCGUGGGCCCUGGCUCCAGCCCGCCGCCGCCGCCGCCGCUGGCGUCUUCCCGGCCAAGGUGCUGGGGCUCCGCGUGUGCGGCCUCUACCACGAGUGGGUGAGCCGCACCGAGGCCGACCUGGGACAGCUGGUGCCCGGGGGCCCGGCCUAAGAGCGGGUGGGCUACCGCUCACUGUCACCUCCUGGUCUUUCUCCUUCUCUGUUAGUGUCUGUAUGAGCUUGGACUGGCUCCAUCUCUCUGUCCCUGCCGUCCCUAUUUGCUUUGCACGCGCUCAUCCUCUUUCUCUCUCGGGACCUUCUUGUUUCUGUAUGUGACGUUCCAUGUCCAUCACGUGCUUGCUUUCCCACUCUUUUCUCCAUUACUUGGGCCGGCCUCAGUCUCUCAUGGCCUCCCUCUGGGGGUCACUUUAUCUCUCCUUUUUCCUUUUCUUUAUCUCCUCUUGGCCCCAUGUGAGCAUGUGUACAUCUCAGCUCAUCUCAAGGAGGGGACACCUUGUCACUAUUUCCCUCUGUACCUUCCCUGUCAUUUUCUGCUGGCCCUAGAGUGAGGAGGCCACUCUAGACAAAUGUCAGCCUCCUUCCCCUAGGGUCACUCCACCUGCUACCCUCCUCUUUCUGGUUCCAUCCCAUCCCUUGGGGCCUUGAGCCCUGCCCAUCCCCCUUUGACGCCCUUCCCCACCAUCACUUCCCUCUGCUCUAUUCUUGCACUCCCCCCAACCCCCACGCCCCACCCCUGCCCCCAAUGCCAGGUCUGUGGAGAGAAACAAUCAACACCUUAAAAGAGUUUUAUUUCUGAGACUAAGUUAAUUUUUUUUGUAAAUAAAAUGUCAAAAAAAUAAAUAAAAAGAACACCCAAGUUACCAGUAUAUGUAGUUGUUGAAAAUGAAGAUACACCUUUGAGGAGAAUAGGAUCCUUGGGGUACAGCCAUCUGUCAGCCCAGAACAGGAAGUGGAUGUGUCCUGAGCAGGAAACAGAUGUGACAUGAAUCGUUAGUUUUUCAAUAAUUGGACUUCCAUUGAUCAGGAAGAGAAGUGAAGCCCCUGAAGAUGGGAAGUUAGAACAGUGGCCACAGUCGGAGAAGUGCAUUCGGGAAGGAAAUGAACUCCAGCAAGAAGGGAGGCUGAGGGGCCAGCCAAGUGACAAAGUUGGUUAAGAGUUAGCUUAAGAGCGUGAGCUCUGAGCAACAGGGCCACCGGU